GCGGGGGCUCGGCGGCGGCAGGGCCGGGCUCGCUGCAGGGCUGCCCGGCCGCCGCGGGGCCGCCAUGCCCGCCAAGUCCAAGUACAACCUGGUGGACGACCGGCACGACCUCCGCAUCCCCCUGCACAACGAGGACGCCUUCCAGCACGGCAUCUGCUUCGAGGCCAAGUACAUCGGGAGCCUGGAUGUGCCGCGGCCCAACAGCCGGGUGGAGAUCGUGACGGCCAUGCGGCGCAUCAGGUAUGAAUUUAAAGCCAAGAAUAUCAAGAAGAAGAAAGUGAACCUCAUUGUAUCAGUGGAUGGCGUGAAGGUCAUUCUGAAGAAGAAGAAGAAGUUUCUUUCAUUGCAGAAAAAAGAAUGGGCCUGGGAUGAGAACAAAAUGCUCGUCAUGCACGAUCCCAUCUACAGGAUAUUUUACGUAUCUCAUGACUCCCAGGACCUAAAGAUCUUCAGCUACAUUGCCAGGGAUGGGUCUAGCAAUAUCUUCAGAUGCAACGUCUUCAAAUCCAAGAARAAGAGCCAAGCCAUGCGCAUUGUCCGGACCGUGGGGCAGGCGUUCGAGGUGUGCCACAAGCUGAGCCUGCAGCACACCCAGCAGAACGCCGACGGGCAGGAGGACGGGGACAGCGAGAGGAACGGAGACRACCUGGAUGUCCCAGCCUGUCGCCUCUCCGGCGUGGAGAGAGCGGCCGCCUCGGCCGAGGAGACCGACAUCGAUGCCGUGGAGCUGCCGCUGCCCGGAGCCAACAUCCUGGACUUCAGCCGCGGAGUGACCGACCUCGAUGCCGUGGGCAAGGAGAGCUGCCUCCACCCUGACGAUAUUCUGACAGCGUCACCCAAGAUGCUGCUGCCCUCCUCAGCCCAGCUGCCYGACCUGGGAACACCCCUCUCUGCCCACCACCAGAUGCAGCUUCUCCAGCAGCUCCUGCAGCAGCAGCAGCAGCAGACACAAGUGGCCGUGGCACAGGUCCACCUGCUGAAGGACCAGCUGGCAGCAGAAGCGGCAGCACGGCUGGAGGCCCAGGCUCGUGUGCACCAGCUCCUGCUCCAGAACAAGGACUUGCUGCAGCACAUCUCCCUGCUGGUCAAACAGGUGCAGGAGCUGGAGCUGAAGCUGGCGGGGAACACGACCACAGGCUCCCAGGACAGUCUGCUGGAGAUCACCUUCCGCUCCAACGUCCUCCCCGUCCUCUGCGACCCGACCACCCCGCAGCCCGAGGACACCCACCCGCCGCCGCUGGGCCCCAGCUCGGCUUUCCCCAGCACCAUGGGCAGCCCCAUAGGUAGGAACGACUGUCUGGUGAAGCUGGAGUGCUACCGCUUUCUGCCGGACUCGGGGCCGCCCGCCCCGGAGCCAGCACUGGGCAGCCUGGAGCUCAUCAAGUUCCGCGAGUCGGGCAUCGCCUCCGAGUACGAGUCCAACACGGACGAGAGCGAGGAGCGCGACUCCUGGUCCCAGGAGGAACCGCCRCGCCUGCUCCACGUCCAGCCCAGGCAGGACCUGGGCGACAGCCUGGAGGAUGAGAUCGCGGUGUAGGGGUCAGCAGGAGGUGGUGCAGAGCAGCCAGGACCUGCUGGAGCUGGCSAGGACCCUGGCCGCAGCCCCGUGGCCCUGGCGGGGAUGGGACAGCCCGGAGGGAGGGGGCAGAGGAGGGAGCACGAGGAUUCCAGCAGCCAGUUGGGAGUGUGUGGAGGUGAGGAUGGAGCCGUGCCGAGGGUGUGUGCCAGGUGUGCUGUGCCCCAGCGUGCACGGGCUUGUGUGCUGAGCUGGAGCGUCCCUGCUUUGCAGCAGACACUGAGCUGGCAGCUCCUGGUGCUCCCCCCUGGCCUCUGUCUCCCUGCAAACUGUGUGUCAAGGUCAGGCAGAAGGAAGGGAUUUCCUGCUGGAUUAGUCCCUACAGCUGCUGGGGAAGCAGUAGAGUGGAGGAAGGGUUUUACUGGGGGCAUGAGAGAGCAGGUUUAGGGCAGUGAGCAGSGAUAAGAGUGACCAAGGGUGAAGUGCUGGAGUGGUGAGCAGGAGCAGAGCAGCUGGUCUGGCUCUCUGCAUGCUUGCAGGGUGGGGGAUGAGUGCAGGGCCAUGCUAGGUGAGGGUUGGUGGUAGCGCAUUGUCGUGGUGGAUCUGUGCGUGAGCAGUGAGUCAUUGAGGGACAGUGGGAAUGAGCCUGGAAAGGAGUUGAAUGGGUGAGAUGAGGUUGCACAGGCUGGYCAGGUGCAGGCAGUUGCUGGCAGGGUGAUGUGGCACUUCCAGGACAGGGUUUGUCCCUGCCAAGGCAGGUGGAGGGCAUGCAGGCAGAGCCAGCUCUCUGCCAGGCUGUGGAGCAGAGAGGAAGGUGCAGCUCGGUGUGGAGCAGAGAGCCAGGGCAUGUAGCACUGAGCUGUGAAGUGUCCUUCCCCUCACCAUCUCAUCCUUCAGCUCCUKGGCACAGCUGCCAGGUUUCAAAGCCUUUUUGGUGCUCUCAAGUCCCAUUUUCUAGCACUUCCCAUCACCACAAACUCCCYGCUUUGCUUUAUAGACAAACCCUCCCAUUUCCAAGCAGUUUUGCCCCAGAGCAAGGCUGGGAGCUGCAGUGCUGGCAUUGGCAUCUUCAGGGAUGAACACRCUUGCAGCCCUCGAUGGGGAGUGAACUGCUGGUGUCUGCAGGGGGGCUCCAUCACAUCUCUGGUUUGCACCCUCUGGAAAAGUGAAUCCAAGAUCUUGGAAUCCCCCACCAGCCCUCUCAGCUUAUGGGCUGAGAGCCAUCUGUGGGGGCCUCCAAGGGAUCCAGAGCUUGUUUCUUUUCUGCAAACACUUUCAUCACCUGGUGCUGAGCCUCUAAGAGGCCAUGACUGAAGGGGUACAACCAGAGUCCUGAUGGCCACCUGGCUUCAUGUGGAAGCACUCAAUGAGGUGGGGAUUUAGCACAGUUGUUCUCUUCCCCAUCCUCCCUCCUAUCCUGCUUCUGCUUUGCUUUGUCGCUUUCCUGCUGCUCUUGCCUUCGCCAGCUCUCUCUCCGCUCGAUCUGCCUGCAACUAACCCCUGGCUGACACCAGCUCUUGCUCUUCUCCCGGGCUUAGCCUGGCUGCUGGGGAAGGUCUAUCACUGCUCUCUGCCCUGGUGCCCUCAGGACUGCGGGCUGCUGAGGAGUGAUGUGUGGAUGAGACCACCAGGAUCAGUCUGAGCUGUGCUAUGCACCCUCCACCACAAGACAGGACUGGAUGGAAUUGAGGAGCUAGAGGGUCUAGUGGGAAGGAAAGAAGGACAUGUCUCAGUGUCCCCAGCAGUGCCGCGGUGUCCAGGGGAGCUCCUGCACCAGCCUGGUGUCCAGGGGAGCUCCUGCACCAGCCACAGAGCAGGCAGAGUGGGAGAGGGUGCUGUUUGGCUCUGGAGAUGGUGCUCCUGGGCUCUGGCCACCACUACCUCCAUAUGCCCUGUCCCAAAGCUGUGUGCCAGACCCCCUGACACCCCACAGCCAGCAGGGACAUGACAUCCCACCAUUGCAGCAGCUGAAGRUGAAAGCAAGGGGUGGGAGGCUGGUCCAGCCAGGAGGAAGAAGCGGGCAUGRCAGCACGCACGAGGCAUGGCACGCACACGGUAGGGAUGGUUGAGCUUGGGCAGGGGUUUCCAUGUGGGCAGAUGGGUCAUUCAGGGGAGAGGACAGCAGGAGCUCAGCUGUACUCACAGGCAGAUGAAGAGAGCCUGGGAGGARCAAGAGCAGGCUAGAGGUCUCUGCCAGGCUGGGCUGCCACAGGGAGCAGGUGGGGUGAGCCAUCUCCUGCGCCACCACUCCAGUCUGUCCCUGCUGCACACACAGAGCUCAGGCCAUGUCCCAGCUGUGGUCUUGGGCUCCUGCCCCCACUCUGCCCUCAGGGGACAGUGGCAGGUGUCCCACAGGCCGAUGGGGUGUUGCCGGGGCUGGGUGGGAUCCUGCCAGCAUCAUGCUGCACCGUGGGUGUACACAUGUAAAUGACCCCUCCUAAGUCAGUGCUGCCUCCAAGACUCCUCUCUAGCCUCUCACUUUUGUUAUGGACCUUGACAGGGGUUUUAUAGCUAUAUUUUUUGUCCUUUCUUUUCCUACAACUGUCGUAUUACUAACUGUUGACUCUAUCUGGGAAGCCAAUCUGUCAAUGUAAGUGCACUUAACCCUUGGGUGUUGUCAUUAGUCAACUGGCUUUUGCUAAAUAAAUCUUUCUAUUUCUCAAGGCUUUCUGUUGUCUCUUUCUUCUCACUGACUCUCUCUCUUUCUGUACUUCCUUCSCUCUCCACGCUGGGUGCCAGCACCAGCAGUGGCAUCCUCUGGCCUUGCACAGACCCCCUUCAAUCUAAACCUCCUCCUCUGUGGGACCCCUGCCUGUGGUGCAAGCCACAGGCUGCACACGAGAGCAGAAUAUUUCUGGGAGCAGAAURUAGAGGGGUUUCAGUCUUCCCCUUCAGCCACUGCACAGCACGGGCUUGUUUCGGGGCUGACCCAACAGUUUGAGGGUGCCAGGGGGUUCCUGGCACCAUCAGAGGUGCCACGGAGAUGCAGAGAUGCUAAUCGGCACUUCCAGGGGCUUURGAGAUUUUUGUCUGCUGGGGAGGUAAAAGGCCUCUCUUAAAGAAUGGCUGCAGUGUUGUGUAGGCAGGAGCAGCACAGAGGCAGGGCUGGCUGCUCCUAAACCAAUCCGUUCUGCUGCUGGCAGGAGCGAUGGAGCAGUGCCCUCCCGCGGCAGCCACUUGGCUGCUGGGGCUGCACGGACAACCUGGGAGCUGCACGGACACCCUGGGAGCUGCACGGACA